GGAGACCCAUCGAUUUUCAGCAGCAGGAAAAGCAGCAGGGAAAUUGUGUGGGCAGCAGCAGCCAGUCAGCCAGCUAGUCAGUUAGUCAGCCAGGUUGAAACAGUUAAAUUAUGAAAACGUAUACAAAACUGGUCUGUUUUCGCCGCAUUUGUCAAUUCGCCGCCUGAGAGCGAAGGAAAAAUUGUGUGUCCUUUGGAGUCGACGUGUCGAAGUGAAAAGGUAAAACAGUUGCUGCGUCGCAUUGCAUCUGCUUCCUCCGCUGAAUUAUUGAGUAAUUGAGCCACUGCAGCCAGCAUUAAUAAAUCCUGGGCAGACGAAAGUAACGCGGCCGUGUGAAUAAUUUAUUGGGUAGCCCGUAAACAAAUCGACGGAUCCAUUGACGCGGAAUCGCGACGUAUGCCAGUCCAGUGCCAAGGCUGAGUCGAGUCCUUUUCCUUUUCCCCAGCGAAAGGAGCUCAAAUUAUCGAUUUGUGUGUAUGUGCGAGCAACAACACGGCGUACCACUCACCCACACGUCAACAACAGCAGGAUAUUCUUGUGGCAGAAGGAUCUGUAACAAAAGCAGCAACUAAGCCAGCAGCAACAUCUGCAGCAACAACAACAACAACCGCAACAACCUCAAGACAGCCAGAAAACCCCUCUAAACAGACAUAAUGGCCAGUGGCGGGGACCCCAAGUGGCAGAAGGAUGCCGCCGACCAGAACUUCGACUACAUGUUCAAGCUGCUCAUCAUCGGCAACUCCAGCGUGGGCAAGACCAGCUUCCUCUUCCGCUACGCGGACGAUAGCUUCACAUCCGCCUUCGUUUCCACGGUGGGCAUCGACUUCAAGGUGAAGACGGUCUUUCGGCACGACAAGCGUGUUAAGCUCCAGAUCUGGGACACGGCUGGACAAGAGAGGUACCGCACCAUCACCACAGCCUAUUAUCGUGGAGCGAUGGGCUUCAUCCUGAUGUACGAUGUUACUAACGAGGACAGCUUCAAUUCGGUGCAGGAUUGGGUGACACAGAUUAAAACCUAUUCGUGGGACAAUGCCCAGGUGAUUCUGGUGGGCAACAAGUGCGACAUGGAGGACCAGCGCGUCAUAAGCUUUGAACGUGGCCGCCAGUUGGCUGAUCAAUUGGGAGUGGAAUUCUUCGAGACGUCCGCCAAGGAGAACGUGAACGUCAAGGCUGUAUUCGAGCGCUUGGUGGAUAUCAUCUGUGACAAGAUGUCGGAGAGUCUGGACGCGGAUCCGACGUUAGUGGGCGGUGGCCAGAAGGGCCAGAGGCUGACGGAUCAGCCGCAGGGCACGCCCAAUGCCAACUGCAACUGUUAGAGGACCUGCGGGAGGAUUGGAGGACAGGAGGAUCCUGCAGCACCACUACAACAACAAACCACAUCCGUAACAACCAUAGAACAACAGAAUUUGAAACUAGCUAAUUAGUCAGCAUUAAACAGGGGAUUGCAGCUAAUCCUUCAGUAAGCCGACGACGACGGUUCGGAUACCGACGAAACGAUAACGAUAAUGAUAUAGGCGUGCAUCUCCUUUUCGGGGGCGUGGCACUGUGUUUGUAUCGAUAUGUGUAUGUAUAUCCUUUGCGUUCGCUCGCCUCAGUGUAAAUGUCAAAUGUUAUUUAAUCCGAUGUUUGAAUUGUAAUUUGUAAUUGGUAAUUGAUAAUUGGUAAUUUGUAACUUGUAAUUUAAUCGGCUGGCCGCAGCGUGGAACCAUUUGUUGAGUGUGUGAAUUGAGUUGAGUUUAUAUUCGAAUUGAGCGAUCGCGAUUUACUAUAAGUCGAGAUCGGCAAAUUGAAAAAGAGCAAAGAAUUUAACGAAAGUCCGAUUUGACGGUGAUUCGGCACUAAUUAAGCAUGCACCCCGAGUGCUGAUUAAAGUCAUUUGAUUUGUGAGGUCAGUCAGCACGAGUAUUUCGAACCGUUCUCCACAUCCACAUGUAUAUACGCUGGCUAAACUGUACAGUUUGAGAUGCUUGACGAAACGCACAAAGCUAGCGAAUCGGUGAAAUCGAACAUACAACUAACUAUAGCAACACUGUCUCCAUACACCCCCUACCCCUUACACCCAUGUAUAUGUAUGGAUACACACUCACACACACACCAAACAAGAGAAGAGCACUGAACACACACACCGAUAGACACAACACAGACCGGAAACGGAUAUAGUUAAAACCCGUGAAUCGAAAAUCCCUGGCUUGGAGCAUUCUAGCAAACACAAACAAACCGGCUGAUUGGUAAGCCGUUAUUAUUAAAUAUUAUGAUUAUUAUUAUUAUGUACGUAUGUAUUUAUGUAGUGAAAUGGAAAAUUUUAAUGUGUUGCAAAUGAUAAAAGAAAUAUAUACAUACAUCAAAUAUACAUGUAUCGCAUAGAGUACUAAACCGAAACCUAAACCAGACCCGAAAGUACGUAGAGGUAAAUGCAGUUUUCUGUUACCCGGAAACCCUAUCGAACACCUUCCGAGGGCCAGAGUGACAAUAACCCGCAGGAGACCAGGACCACUGAGAUCCCCUCCCCCUCGAGGUCAGGCAACCGAAGUUGAUUUUCCCCCAACACCUCACCGCCCACUUUUCCUUUUUUGGUUUGAUUUCCCAUUCGAGACUGUUGCGAACUGAAUCCGGACUGCGACUUACUUGAACCCACCGAGCCAGCUGAGAGAUCGGUGCAUUUAAUUUGCCAGCCCUCCCUCCCGAAAACCCAAUAUCCAAACACCCCCUUUUAUAUGCACACACACACACAAACACACAUACUACCCACUUUUCUACCUGUAUACUAUAUAGUAUAUGCUAUACAAGGCUUUCCUUUGUUAACGCUUUAAUGACACAACAACAAACCGCUGCCGUGACUAAAUUUGAACGAAGAUUUUAGGCGGGGACAAGGACUUUGACUUUGGGGGCUAAAACUGCUGAAUCUGAAUAUGUAACUGAAUAUAUAUAUAUGUAUAUAUAUAUAUAUAUAUAUAUAUGUAUUUGCCAAUGCUCGUUAAUGUUAAAUAUGUGUACAAGCAGAGUUUCACUUGAAUUACGAUUAAAUUAAAGGCAUAUCGCUGUAUUAUAAAUACCCAAAUUGGAGACAACACGAGAAACGUAAAACCGAGAACCCGCACCCAGGAAAAUGCCAGGAAAAUCCACACGAAUUGCACAACGAGUUGCUAAGUGCCAGAGAAGAGAAGAGGGGAAGGGAGCUGGGAUAUAGAAAGAAAAGAUAAUGGAGAUGAUUCUAUACGAAAAUGCCUUAAGUCAGCGACGCUCUUCGCUGAUUGGUCUUUUUGGCGUUCGAACUGUUUUGUAAAAUAAUUAAUCAUACAACUUGCAUAACCACUCCUUCAAGUAUUUGUCUUUGUAUUCGUGUGUGGAUUCGCUUUUAGUCAAGCCCUAAUUAAAUAAUCCAACCCAAUUGAACUAAACCGAACUAAACUAAAGCUACAACUAAAACUAAACCGGAGUAAAAUCAAAGCAAAUAACACAGAGGUAAAGGAGAAACAAUUGUUAAUGAAUUCGUGCAUAGGCAUAACGCAAACAUUUUUGCGCUACAUUGUUGUCAUUUAAACCAAUACUUAGCAUAUUGAUUAUUGCAUUGUGUACUCAGCUAAACCAAAUAUUUGUAAACCCUAUGAACACAAUUCAAGCUCCAAACACAAUGGCAUUAUUUGUAUUCCAUUUAAAUUGCAACAAGAAUAACCCAACUAGGAAAUGUAUACAAGAAUGUCAAAAUAAAAUAAUUCAAUAUAUUAUUCAAUGAUGGUUUUUAAACACUAACACUAACACAUCUGCAUACCCGUACUUAUGAGGAUACUAACAUAGAUAUACAGAUACACACAUAUAUACAUAAUAUACACAUAAUGGUAUUGAAAUUAUUGUAUUCCCAUAAUAAAAUAUAUGCAAAAGGUGUAUGGUAAAACAAAGUA